AUGGCGAAACGGUUCAAUGAGAAACGAGCCAAGCAGAUGGAGGCCGCCAUCGAGAGGGAGCUGAAUACGGGUCAGGACAGAAUUGAUGUGGCUGGAACCAUGGCCAAUGACUUGAAAGCGUCUGCCAUGGGAGAGGGAGAAGACAAACUGUUUGACAAGAAACUGUCCAAGGAGGAGAAAAAAGCUGCGGCAAAGGCUGCCCGAGAAGCCAAGAAGAAAGCCAAGGAAUCCAAGAAUGGAGGAAAGGCAUCUCCCAAGGACAAAAAGAAAAAAGGCGGCAGUGACGACGGUCAGGAAGAAAAGAAGGAAAUCGAACAAGCAAACGUCGAUGAUAUUACGGCGGGCAACAAGGAUGCCAAACGAGAAGAAGCAUUGGAGAAUCUGUCCAAGCAGAAUAUUAUUGUCAACUACGAAAACAAAAAGGGCGCAUUGCAUGCCAAUACGCGUGAUAUCAAUGUCAGUGGAGUCACGGUCACGUUUCAUGGAAAGCCACUGAUUGAAGAUACCGAAAUUGUCAUCAACUACGGAAAUCGAUACGGGUUCAUUGGACCCAACGGAUCGGGAAAAUCCACCAUUAUGAAAGCCAUUGCGGCUCGGGCCAUUCCCAUCCCAGACGCACUCGAUAUCUACUUUUUAGAUUGCGAAUAUCCCGCGCGAGACGAUAUUACAGCCCUUGAGGCAGUCUUGGAGAGUAGUGAUGAAAUUGCACUGCUAGAGAAAAAGGCAGAAGCGCUCAAUGCUGCCAUGGCAGAUUGUGAAGAGGACGAACAAAUGAAGAUCCAGACGGCGCUCGAAGGCAUUUAUGAUCGUUUGGAUCAAUUGGACGCCAGUUCGGCCGAGUCCAGGGCCACCACUAUCUUGCAUGGUCUGGGAUUUACCAAAGUCAUGCAAGGAAUGAAGACGUGUGAAUUUAGUGGAGGGUGGAGAAUGCGUGUGGCGUUGGCGCGUGCUCUUUUUCUUCAGCCGGAAUUUCUUCUCUUGGAUGAACCGACAAACCAUUUGGAUAUGGAAGCCGUGCUGUGGCUUGAGGACUACCUUUGCAACUGGGACAAGAUCCUGUUCUUUGUUUGUCACUCGCAAGAUUUCAUGAACAAUGUCUGCUCCCACAUUGUCCGACUCGAUAUGACGUACAAGAAGCUCAAGUACUACGGUGGAAACUACGAUACGUAUGUGCAGACGCGACGUGACCAGGAUAUGGUGCAAAUGCGACAGUACGAGGCUGAGCAGCGAGAUAUUGCCGAGAUCAAGGAUUUCAUCGCUCGUUUCGGUCACGGUACCGUCAAGAUGGUGCGACAGGCGCAAGCUCGAGAGAAACUGCUUCAGAAGAAGCUCGAGGCUGGUCUGACGCAAAAGCCAGAAAGCGACCCCGAGUGGGACUGGAGUUUCCCCGAUGCGGGGGAGCUACCGGUUCCAGUGCUGUCGAUCGAAUAUGUUAGUUUUGCCUACCCCGGAGGAAAGGAACUCUACAGCAAUGUCGACUUUGGGGUGGAUCUGCAAACGCGUGUUGCACUUGUCGGGCCUAACGGAGCUGGCAAAACUACUCUGUUCAAGCUCAUGACAGAGAAACUGCAACCCACCAAGGGCAACAUCAAGAGAAACAUGCAUCUCAAAAUCUCCAGCUUUACACAACACUUCGAAGACAAGCUCGACUUGUCGAUGACACCCUUGGACUUUUUUAAGCAGAAACUCAUGCCGGAGGAGCCUAUAGAAAAGAUCCGCCCUUUGCUGGGACGGUACGGUUGUACUGGAGCUCAACAGCAACAAGUCAUGAGCCAGCUAUCUGCCGGGCAGAAGGCAAGAAUCGUCUUUGCUAUCGUCGCGCAUGAAAAGCCCCAUCUGCUUUUGCUGGACGAACCAACAAAUCCACUGGACAUGGAAUCGAUCGAUGCCUUGGCAAGAUGUUUGAAGAAAUUCCAAGGUGGAGUUGUGAUGAUUUCGCACGACAUGCGUUUGAUAUCUCAGUGCGCUGAGCAAAUCUACAUCUGCGACAACAAGAAAGUUUCUCUGUACAAGGGAGACAUCAUGGACUUCAAAAUGCACACGAAGAAGGAAAACAACAAGAAGCUGUCACAGCAUCAAAACGGAUAA